AUGUCGAAGGCCGAUCAACUCGUCAUUGAGCGGCGCUUACGACCGAUAUACGAUGCCAUUGACGCUGGUAAUCCCAAAAAAGCUGUCCAAGAAGCUGACAAAGUUUUGAAAAAACAUCCUGUUACAAUCUGUGCCAAGGUGCUCAAAGCGUUGGCACUCAUUCGGUCAGACAAGCUUGCCGACGGUUUCGAAAUCAUCAACACCUUAGACGUUCCUGGUGCCCAUUUCGAUGACAGCACGUUGCAGGCCUUCGUUCAUUGCUUCAAGGAAGCUGGUUGUCCAGACAGAAUAACAACACUCUAUGAGCGAGCGGUUGCGGUCUCCCCAACUGAACAGAAUCUUACACAUCUUUUUAUGGCUCACGUUAGGAAUAGAUCGUAUAAAAAUCAACAGUUGGUGGCAAUGCGUUUGUUCAAGGAGUUUAACAACACUCCCUAUUUCUUUUGGGGUGUAAUGAGUAUAGUUAUGCAGGCUCGUGAAAGUCCCGAAAUGGGCGCAAAAAUGUUUUACCCUCUUGCAGCAAGGAUGGUGGAAAAUCAUAUAUCAAAGCACGGAUACAAAGCAGGAGCAGGUAUGAUGUAG